GUAAAGAUGGACUCCUGAGAAAUUUUUAUACAUACACACCAGUGGUCGUCCUCGAUACUUCGGAUCUUUCGAAUAUUUCACCGUUAAAUUCUCAUCGAGGUGCGCCCGGAGGGCCAGACAUUCUUUUAUGAUCACGCUCGCGGGGUGUGAACGAUGAUCGUGCAGGAGCCAGUGCAGGCGGCCAUAUGGCAUUGUUUAAAUCAUUAUGCUUAUCCAGACGCUAUAUUCCUGGCAGAACGGUUGUGUGCAGAAGUGGACACAGAGGAAAGUUUAUUUCUUUUGGCAACAUGUUACUAUCGCUCUGGUCGGGUUAGGCAAGCUUAUGCCUUAUUAUCCCAGAAGGCACCCAGUUCAGCACAAUGUAGAUUUCUAUUAGCAAAGUGUUGUUAUGAUUUGGAAAAAUAUGCGGAAGCAGAAGCUGCAAUAAUCGGUGGAUAUUACAAACAACUGAAAAAUUUGGAAGAAAUAAUAACUCAGUUUGGAGAACAGGCAUGCUUUUCUCUACAGAUAAUAGCAAAGAUUUACUAUAAAAUGAUGCGUACUGCAAGAGGUAAUGAAGCUCAUAAACUGGCUUUGAAAUUAAAUCCUUUCCUCUGGCACUCGUUUGAAGAACUUUGUAAUGUUGGUGAGAAGGUGGAUCCUUCUAAGGUUUUUCAGUUAGAUAAACUAGACUCAUUCGCUAUGUGCCAUGGUACUGUAUCUACGAUCAGCUACGUCACUGAACCAGAUCUUAUCGUACCUGGAAAUAAUGCCAACAAUACACCUAUAUCUAAUGGCACUAACAGUACACCCGUGACGAUAGCAUCAACGCUGAUAAAUGGCGGUCAGGCACCUCAGGUGCGAUUGUGUUCCUCUAUAGAGGAGUCGCCACAAAAUAUGUCGAUUCACUACAGCAAUUGUUCCUCGAUAUCACCGAGGACGAAACUAUCGCGUUAUCGUAGUAUGUUUAGUAAUUCUAUGAGUCCACUCACGCCUAGCUUUGGUAUUUUGCCAUUGGAGAACAAUACACCCGAACAGACAGUUCCACCUUCGCAUACGACUCUCACAGAAGCCAAUGACCAAAAGAGCUUGGCGAAACGCGUUAGUAGUCUAAGAGCUCAUGUAGGGCAAUUAAUGUCAAGAAAAGAAACACCAUUGCAACAAGGCAAAUCGGUAUUUUCCCAAUCGGGUAAUACUAGUAAUACUGCCAAUAUUGUGACAGUGACGGCAGCUAAUCCGACUUCACCUCCGUCACCGACAUUUCAAGGCACCAAUGUUAGACGAUCAUCACGACUUUUCAGCCAUAAUUCCGUAAAGGAAAACAAUAAGUCACCUAAUAGGAAUAAAUUUGCAACUCCAAAAUCUCCAUCUCGGAAGACGAAAGCGAGACUAGCCAAGGCGAAUUUAAAUAAAACCAACUUUAAUGAGCUAAACGAGAGGAAUAGGAACGAAAAGGAGAAAAGCGAAACGAUCACAUCUGAGAAAGCUGUGGCUAAUGCAAACGCUCUUAACGCUCAAAAUAAUAAUAUUCACUCUGGUAUAACAUUACAAAAGCAAUCAGCAGAGGGAUUGAUGUCUUUGUUACGAGAAUUAGGAAUGGCGUAUCAGCAUUUAAGUCAGUUCAAAUGUACGCAUGCGGCUCAUAUACUGAGUAUACUACCGUCACGACACUACAAUACGGGCUGGGUACUUUCUAUGUUAGCUCGUGCACACUUUGAAAUGAUGGAUUACAAAAAGGCUGCUAGAGAUGGAGCGUUAUUAUUUGAGCCACAGAGGACAGAAUUGAUGGAGAUUUAUAGCACUGUUCUGUGGCAUUUACACGCGGAAGUACAGUUGUCUACGCUUGCUCAAGAUCUAGUUUCCCAAGAUCGUAAUUCGGCAGCAGCAUGGUGCGCCACGGGCAAUCUCUUCUCAGCGCAAACGGAACACGAAACUGCGAUCAAAUUUUUCCAAAGAGCUAUUCAGGUGGAUCCUAAUUUUCCAUACGCCUAUACAUUACUGGGGCAUGAAUACGUUUUGACUGAGGAGCUAGAUAAAGCGAUUACUGCUUUUCGUAAUGCCAUCAGANNNNAUCCCAGACAUUAUAAUGCAUGGUUCGGAUUAGGUACGAUAUUUUCGAAACAGGAACAAUAUAGUUUAGCGGAGUUACACUUCAAACGGGCCUUACAAAUAAACCCGCAGAAUUCUGCGUUAAUGUGUCACAUAGGUGUCGUGCAACACGCCCUGAAGAAGACCGAUCAGGCAUUAAAGACUUUGAACACUGCGCUAAUGAAUGAUCCGGAUAAUACUUUAUGCAAAUUCCAUCGUGCGAGCAUCAACUUCUCUAUUGGUCGACAUAUGGAAGCUCUAAGAGAAUUCGAGGAGCUAAAAAAUAUUAUACCCAAAGAAUCUCUAGUCUAUUAUUCAAUAGGAAAAGUACAUAAAAAGUUAGGCAAUACCCAUCUUGCGUUAAUGUACUUUAGUUGGGCAACGGAUUUAGAUCCGAAGGGUGUUAAUAGUCAAAUUAAGGAGGCUAUAUUGAGUCCAGGUCAAGGAGAUGAUGACUCCCCACCGACGCAAUCAGACGAACAGCAAGCACAGAGUAACUCAAUGGAACAAGAUGUUGAAACUAGUAGAGAAGGAAGUGCCGCGCCACUUGCUGGAAAUGUUUCGGUCGAACCUCAUGCCGAUGACAGCGACGAUAGUUUAUGAAAACGAUA